CCAGAUAUAUCUACUGAGGCUUUGCCCUUCUCCAAAGAGAGCACUCAGAAGACCAGGAAAAUGGCCACGGGGCUCCUGAGAGACAAAAAAGAGGUGUUCGUGGCAUUCAGGGAUGUGGCUGUGGACUUCACCCAGCAGGAGUGGAAAUUGUUGAGCCCUGCUCAGAGGACCCUGCACAGGGAAGUGAUGCUGGAGACCUAUAACCACCUGGUCUCACUGGGAAUUCCAUUUUCUAAACCAAAACUCAUUACUCAGCUAGAGCAAGGAGAGGAGCCCUGCAGAGAGGAGAGAAAGUGUCUACUGGACAUCCAUCCAGUAGGAUCAACGCUAGAAACGCAACCUUGUCCCUCCUGCCCUCUGAUAUUCUCCACUCAGCAAGCCCUCAGCCAGCAUGUGUGGCUGAGUCAUCUCCCUCAGCUGUUCUCAAGUUUAUGUGCAGGAAGUCCUGUGUGUCCAGGAAGACAUUAUCUAGAAGAUCAGAAACAACUGCAGGAUCAAUUUCUUGAUCAUUUGUGCUUGAAUGAGAAAGCAGAAAUUCAAAAGAGAGAGAACUCUAAAUCCCUGUUUGGGAGCGUGAGCAAAGGUGACCCUUCAAAGGCAUUCUCCAGCCCACCUGAAGAACAGCUACUAGGGCUCAAGGAAGACAACACAGUGGUGGAUAUAGCGCCCAGUCCAGAACGGAAGGCAGACCUUGAGGAAACAGACAAAGGAUUGCAUGGUUUGGAAGUCUCAGGAUUUGGAGCAAUCAAAUAUGAAGAGUUUGGGCAAGGCUUUAUCAAAAACUCAAAACUUCUUGGCCUCCAGAAGACAUACACAUGGGAGACAACUUACAUGUCCACUGAGUGGGGACAGAGCUUCAGCAGUAUGUCAAUCCUCAUCAAAAACCCAAGGACACACUCUGGCGAAAAGCCUUAUGUGUGCAAGGAAUGUGGGCGAGGCUUUACCUGGAAGUCAAACCUCAUCACACACCAGAGGACACAUUCAGGGGAGAAACCACAUGUGUGCAAGGAUUGUGGACGAGGCUUUACUUGGAAGUUAAACCUCUUCACACAUCAGCAGACACACUCAGGGGUCAAGCCUUAUGUGUGCAAGGAAUGUGGGCAGAGCUUUAGCCUGAAGUCAAACCUCAUCACACAUGAGAGGGCACACACUGGGGAGAAGCCUUAUAUUUGCAGGGAAUGUGGGCGUGGCUUUCGCCAGUAUUCAUACCUCAUUAGACAUAAGAGGACACAUUCUGGAGAGAAGCCUUAUGUCUGCAGGGAGUGUGAGCAAUCCUUUAGCCAGAAGUCACGCCUCAUCAGACACUUAAGGACACACACAGGAGAGAAGCCUUAUGUAUGCACAGAAUGUGGGCGUCACUUUAGCUGGAAAUCAAACCUCAAGACACACCAGAGAAUACACUCAGGGGUUAAACCUUAUGUGUGCCUGAAGUGUGGGCAAUGCUUUAGUCAGAAGUCAAACCUUAACAAACACCAGAGAUCACACUUAGGAGAGAAGCCAUUUGUAUGCACACAGUGUGGGCGAGGGUUUACCCAGAAAUCUACCCUCAUCACACACCAGAGGACACACUCAGAGGAGAAGCCAUUUGUAUGCACAGAGUGUGGGCGAGGGUUUACCCAGAAAUCUACCCUCACCAUACACCAGAGGACACACUCAGGGGAGAAGCCCUUUGUAUGCAGGGAAUGUGGGCGAGGCUUUAAUGAUAAGUCAAUCCUCAUCUCACACCAGAGGACACAUUCAGGGGAAAAGCCUUUCAUGUGCAAGGAGUGUGGAAGAAGGUUCAGGCACAAGACAAACCUAUUUAGGCACAAGAGGGCACACUCAGGUGCCUAUGUGUGCAGGGAGUGUGGGCAACGCUUUUGUAAUAAUUUAACUCUCAUUAGACACCAGAGGGCACACUCAGGGGGGAAGCCUCAUGUGUGCCAGGAGUGUGGGCAAAGCUUUAGCUGGCAGUCACACCUUAUUAGACACCAAAGGACACACUCCGGAGAAAAGCCUUAUAUUUGCAGAAAGUGUAGGCGGUGCUUUACUCGGAAGUCAAACCUCAUCAAACAUCAGCAGACACACUCAGGACACAAACUGUGUGUACAAGGAAUGUAGUGAAUCCUUUAGCCAAGAGUCACCCUUCAAUAGACACAAGAGAACACACAGAAGGCUGUGGCUUUUAGUCA